GCAGGAAAAACUAAAAGCACACAAACUUAUUCUCGCCACACAAAGUGAUUUUUUUAAGGGACUGUUUCGGAAUGAGAAGAAAGAUGAGGUUACAAUAGAUAUCUGUUCAUAUUCUACACUUUCUACAAUACUUAAAUACUUUUAUACAGGAAGUUCGGAGAUUACGAUAGAAAACGUGCAGGAUAUUCUGGUUGCAGCUAACUUCCUUCAAGUCAAGGAGUUGAUAAGAAAAUGUUCAGAUUUUAUGGCAAGAAAUCUAGAUCUAACAAACUGUGUUACAGUUCUCAGGUUGGGUGACCUGCUCAACAAUGAAUUCUUGCUACAGGUAGGCAAAAGUUGUUAUCCGGAUCCGGAAAUAAUGUCAAUCCCCGGAUUCGAUUAAUAUCACUGUACAUUU